AUGUAUGUAUCAAUUUUUGCAACAAAUGAAUCAACCACCGAUUGUUCUCUUGUUGCAUCAGCUAUAUUUCUUAUAAGACAAUAUGGAAUACCAAAACCAGAGAAUCAGUCUCUAUGUGAAUCAUAUUCUGGUCCAAAUAUAAAAGCAAGAUUUGUUUGUAAUGACAGCAACACAUUUGAUGGAAAAUACCAUAUUAUUGAAAUUACUUUCACUUUAACAGGUAUUCCAACUGGAAACCCCCCUUCUUUGGCCAAGUCAUUCACAAUGCCUGCUUUGAAACGUAUCAUUUUGCAGAGUGAAGGGGUUGCCAAUCCGUCAAUCAACCUCUUAGAGUUGCUCAAAUCCGUUAAAAGUUUGGGUGAAAUUAGAUUGAGCUAUGAUCAAUCGAUCAGUUACAUUCCAGGCGAUUUUAAUAAUUUUCCUAAUCUUACCUUGUUUUCAUUAUUCAUGGAUAUGAUGGCGAUAAAAGAUUCAUACAUUGUCCCUCAUAACUUUUUAAACAACUCUAUCAACCUUCAAUCGAUCACUGCUUCGUUCCCAGUUUCCUCGAUUACCAUUGAUGACUCUCUCUACUUUCCCUCUCUCACUUAUUAUUAUUUACACUCCAAUUGUACCGCUGGAUCGCAUCAUAUCAAUGUAACAGCUAAAUCAUUUCCAAACCUAGAGUCUUUUUAUAUUACCUUAAAUUCUGGAUCAAAUAUCACUGCCCAUUUGAAUCAAGAUGUCACCAAGAUAAAGCAAAUGGAAUCCAUCCACUAUAGAAUCAUUAUAAUAUAUCUCGAAUUAUAUCCUAAUUUAUUACCUUUAUUUCAAAGAUAUUUAGAUGAUAAUAACAUACCAAAUUUAUCAACAAAUUUACCAAAUACUUUAAGAACCUUGUCUAUUUAUAAUAACUUCAACUUUAAUGGUCCCAUUACUGAAUCAUUCUGUGGAAUAACUAGUUUGUACAUCGGUAGUACGGCAGUUUCGUCAUUUCCUGAUUUUACCGUUAGUAACAAAGAUAAUCUUUUAGUUACCAAUAACAAUAUUGCUACUAUUAAAGGUGACAACAUUGGAUAUGGAUCUACUCAAUCAAAUUAUACUAUUACACAGGCAAUACCAAACCAAGAAUUAUCAUUCGAAUAUACACAGGCAACACCAAUACCAGUUAUUCCAACUCCUGUCACAAUCAUUUUAGAUCCGCAAAUAGUACAAAUGAUGAUGGUCAAGGGCGAUAUUAAAAUUGGUCAACCAACUAUUUUACAAAUCAACCAAAACAACAUCACAAUCAAGUUUAAUUUAGAUUAUAAUCCAUAUUUUAAUCACACAAUAACCAUUGAUAAUAGUACUGCUUGUACCAAUUUAACAAAUAUUUACCCCUCUCAAUUUGAAUGUACAACACCACUUCUAUCGAGUGGAGAUCAUCAAUUAAUAGUUUCAAACUCUUACAUACAAUCACAAGUACCCUUUACCAUUAAUUUACGGUCCCUUUGUCAACAAUCAACCAAUAAUUGUUAUGGUGGAAAUGGUCAAUGUAAUGCUAAUGGUCAAUGUAUUUGUUAUAGUAAUUCAUUUUACAAUAAUUGUUCGAAACCAUACCCAAUUAUUAGUUCAGGGCAUUAUAUUUCAACAAACAACAAGUAUGUUGAAUUGAAUGGUGAUUUUGGACCAUCAAUAUCCAACCAAUCAAAUAUUAUAGUCUUGAUUAAUAAUACAAUCAACUGUGUUGUUGAAUCACUUUCACAAUUCCAAAUCAAUUGUACAGUCGAUCAACAACCAUCAUUUGGAUUAGCUUCUGUUCAACUUCAAUUGAAUAAUGAUUUAAAUACAACUGCAAGAAAUAUAUUAUAUCUUCAAUCACCACCAUCUCGACCAUCGCCAUCACCAAUAUCAAAAUCAUCAUGUGAAAAGAAUACAUCUAAUUGUUAUGGCCAUGGAUAUUGUGAUGAUAAUGGCAAAUGUCAAUGUCAACAUGGUUAUAGUGAUAUUGAUAAUUGUUUGUCAAAAUAUAUCAUUAAUAUGACGAUUACACCCAAUACAACAGAUCCAACAGUAUCAUUUGACAUUGAUGGAACUGAUUUUCUAUUUGAAAUGUUUUCCAUUCAAGAAUUAAAUUUCGAUAAAAAUAUUACGAAAGAAUUAUUUAUAUCCAAUUACACUUGGAAUGUCAAUACAACAACCACCGAUAAUCACACUACUAUUGUCAACUAUCAAUUGAAUACUUUAUCCUCCCCAUCACCAUUCAACAAUUAUUCAACAUACCAACCAGCCCAAGUUCUAUCAACUAUAUCAUUCUCUACACAACCAAGAACAGUUGAAUUUGGAGGACAACAACUAUUGUUACAUGCCAACUCUAUCAAAUUGCAAGUCAAUAUCAGCAAGUGGCAAUAUUCAUCAAAUUUAUCAACACUUCGAGUUGUAUUUAAAACAUUGAUCAAUAAUAAUCAAUCGAUUAAAUUUGAUUGUAUAGACAAAGAUAUCUCAACACUCAGUUUUGAUUCAUUGUCAUCUUUGCAAUAUCUCAGAGUCCUCAAAGAUGAUAUUGAAUUCAAAGGUAGAUUCAUUGAUGUUGCAAUGUCUGAUGGAAGAAGACCAACCUACUCACAAACUCAACACAUAUCAUCAACACCAAUCAACGAUGAACAAUCAAUUGCAAUGAUUGGAAUUGGAUUUCCUCAAUGUCAAGAGUGUGUACUAGAUCCAGAUUUUGCAGCAUUGGUUAUCAAUCCAGACGGCUAUGGUAAAUGCGAUUCAAAAGGAUUCAGUAAAUGGAAAAUCAUUGUAAUUGCAGUUUGUGUAUCACUUGUAAUGAUCACAACUGUAUUGGUGAUUGUCAUUGCUUUUAAAAAGGCUGUGCAAUUGAAAUUUGCAAAGAGAUUAAACAAGAGUUUUACAAAUCUAAGUUACAGUUUAAAUAAUCUAAGCAACAGUUUUCAUAAUCUAAACAGAAUUUUAAAUCAAAGUGAUACAAAAAAAGUUCCAACCCCAAAACAACCCUAG